GUGAGCGGCGAGUGGUCGGGUACUAGGUACCUCUACAAUGAGUGAGUGGCGAGUGACGCUCUGAAAUGGACCAAGUGGACACUACCCUCCGUGCUGGGUCACCUGGUGGUGCCAGUGGAGGAGGCAGUGUUGGUGACGAGGGGGUGGGGGCAGAGAAGAGACGAGGCCGCUGCAAGUGGUUCAAUGUGGCCAAGGGCUGGGGCUUCAUCACCCCCGACGACGGAGGACAGGAUAUCUUUGUUCAUCAGAGUGUGAUCGUCAUGUCGGGGUUCCGCUCGCUGGGAGAGGGAGAGGAGGUGGAGUUUGAGUGUAAGACGUCAGACAAAGGUCUGGAGGCGACUCUAGUAACAGGACCUGAGGGCUCAGCGUGCGUCGGCUCCCAGCGGAGACCUGUGGCUAAGAAGCGCUUUCGCAAGAUACGGUGCUACAACUGUGGGGAGUUUGCCAAUCACAUUGCAGCCAAGUGUAGUUUGGGUCCUCAGCCGAAGCGUUGUCAUCACUGCAAGUCCACGGACCAUCUCAUAGCUGACUGUCCCAACCGGAGGAAGAGUCAGGAGGAAUCAGAGGAGUCAGAACAGAACUGCAAAUCUAAAUCAUCCAUCGAAGGAGUGAAGAACUCCAUCGACAGCAACGACACAAACGCCACCUCCUCCGCCAAUACCAAUGAAUAACGUUUAGAUUUAGAUGACCAAGAAUUCUUCAGCAUUUAGGUAAAAUGGUCCUCAUAGUUUUAAGUGUUAUUGUUCAAUUCGGCAGUAGAAAUGGGAGUAGUAUUGGUUUGAGUGGUUUUACGAGAUUUACAAACUACUUUGAAUUGAGAAACAGGUGCAAAAAGGUUGAGGGUUAC